UCCCCCGCCAAGAGAAGUGCGGCCAGCGUACGGAUAGAAGGGCGCUCACCCUCUCUGUAUGGCUCUCGCAGCGACAACGUCGUCCCCGUCGCUCUUCCCCAAAACCGAUGGAAUCGCCCCUUGGACGCGCCGGAAGCCAUUUUCCGUUAUCGGAACCGAGGGACAGUCACUCUCCGUUCACUACGCGACGGUGCCGGUGAGGGCCAAACUUGGUCCGCCCUCUCUGGAGUACAGGAAGCUCGGCGACUCUGACCUUCAGAUCAGCGAGGUCACUCUCGGGACGAUGACUUUCGGAGAGCAGAAUACCGAGAAGGAGGCACACGAGUUGCUUAGCUACGCGUUUGAAUGUGGCGUUAACAUCCUUGAUACAGCUGAAGCAUACCCUAUCCCAAUGAGGAAGGAAACUCAAGGGCGCACAGAUCUUUUUAUCGGUAGCUGGUUGAAAUCCAUGCCUCGUGAUAAGGUGAUCUUGGCUACAAAAGUUUGUGGUUAUUCCGAGAGGUCAAGUUACAUCCGUGAAAAUGCAAAGGUUUUGCGAGUUGAUGCAGCUAACAUCAAAGAAAGUGUAGAGAAAAGCCUCAAGCGCCUUGGCACUGACUACAUCGAUCUACUGCAGAUACACUGGCCAGAUCGUUAUGUCUCAUUGUUUGGUGAAUUCUUUUAUGAUUACAAAAAAUGGAGGCCAAGCGUGCCAAUCGUUGAGCAGCUAAGGGCUUUUCAAGAGCUUAUCAAGGAAGGCAAGGUGAGAUACAUUGGAGUUUCUAACGAAACUUCUUAUGGAGUCAUGGAGUUCGUUCAUGCUUCAAAGACAGAAGGGUUGCCUAAAAUUGUCAGUAUCCAGAACAAUUACAGUUUGUUAUUUAGAUGCAAAUUUGAAGUUGAUCUGGCUGAGGUAUGCCAUCCAAACAACUGUAAUAUUGGUUUGCUCGCAUAUUCACCAUUGGGUGGUGGAACACUGUCCGGAAAAUACUUGGAUAUUGAUUCAGAAGCAGCAAAGAAAGGCAGAUUAAACCUUUUUCCGGGAUACAUGGAGAGGUACAUAAGUUCCCUUGCAAAGGAAGUAACAGAACUAUAUGUCCAACUGGCUAAAAAGCAUGGGCUUACCCCUACCCAGCUGGCACUUGGAUUUGUGCGUGAUCGUCCAUUUAUGACCAGUUCUAUAAUUGGUGCUACAUCUUUGGAGCAGCUCAAGGAAGAUCUGGAUGUAUACGCCCUACCACGCCCCUUACCUCCAGAAGUGUUGUCUGGGGUUGAAGAUAUAUUCAAGAGAUAUAAAGAUCCUUCAACUUUAUGAAGUCGCGUGCUCAUUUUUUGGGCAUGUCAUCCAUUUAAAGGGUUCCUCAAGUGCAUUUCAUAGUAAUAUACUUCAUGGAUUGAAUUUGUUCUGCAUUCUGCAAGCAUUUUCUGUAAUCGAUUCAGCCAUUUUAUAA